UAACGACGCAGAGGGAAAUAGAGGAGGGGAAUGCGAAGAUUAAAGCUGCUGAGAUGAAACCGAACGGGCUUGUAAGAAACUUUCUUCCACUCACGCUUGGCUUUAUUUUUGUGACUACAGCAGGGUAAAAUAAAACCCAGGGUAAUGUGAUUAGGUAUGUUAUAUAUUGAGGAACCAGCACGUUUGCUAGCUAACGUAAAUAAGUCGAAGUAGGCCUAAGCAGACAGCAAGAAAAAGUAUCGAUAUACCACUGCGUUAAUAAAAGUUAAAUUAACAUUUUAUUUAAAUUCGUGCCCGAAGCAAAGGGCAUAAACAUGAGCGAAGUCUCGAACUCCUCGAAUCAGGCGACAGAAAUGAAGAGAAGCUCGUCUUCAGAGCCGGGCUCUACUACGUCCCCUCCGAUGUCGAUGAAGACCGCUAGAAUAGAAGAGGGUGACUUUUUACCUAACCCUCGGGGUCUUAAAAACGGAAAUACAGACGACAUAGAUUGUCCAGCUGAAAUUGCAGAACAAACACUGCAAAGCGCGGACCAAAAUAUGCCUUCUGCGUACAGCAUUUCUACGCCCGCCUCUUCUGAAGCCGGGGACGCGCAUCCCAGCACUAGCGGCGGUCGUGGGGACGGGCCGUGCAGUGGUAGCACUUCUGCGCGUGCGCAGAUGUUGGGCACUCGACCGGAAGCGUCAGCGGGAAGCGGAGGUAUGAGUCUUAGUAAAGAGCCUCAACCGUGUGUUCCAGCUGAGCAGUCGGACUGGGCAGCAAUGGCUGCUGCGGAGGCGCUAGCCAGCCUGACCCAUGGUGGCGAGGACCAGCAGGACUCAGCGGGACCUGUCCAUCCUUCCAAACAAGUUGUAUUGAAAAAGAAGCGUGAUAAAAAAUCUAGCAAAAAGAAUUCUCCCACUGCCAGGGAUUCGGAUGACAGUCCCACCCCAGGAAAGGGGCACCAGACUCAUGCAGCGGCAGCUGACAGCUCUACUUCCUCCCUAGAGGGUGGCAUUGACAGGUCAAGAGUAGCGAUCAUGGAGGGAGAUGAAGAAGAUGACGACGAGGACAAUUUACUUUCAGAUACCUCCUCAUCUCCCAGCUCAUCUUCUGCCUCAGAUGAUGAUGGCAAUGGUGAUGACACUGAGUGUGCCAUUGUCUCUGUAAAGAUGGCCCCAGAGAUGCGCCAGUCUGUGGCACUUCUGGCCCAGGUUCAAAUGCGUCUUGAGGCGCUGGAGAAGAAGGCUACCCGCCUGCAUCAGCAGGUGGAUCUCAAGUUCAGACAGCAGCGUCGCCCUCACCUUGACCAGCGUAGUGCCAUCAUCCAGGGAAUCCCUGGCUUCUGGGUCACUACUUUUCUGAAUCACCCCCAGCUUUCAUCACAUAUCGAUGAGACUGAUGAAGAUGCACUCAGCUACAUGACCAACCUAGAGGUCGAGUCUUUCAAGAGCAGUAAACUUGGCUACCGGAUUGCUUUUCAUUUUGGAAGAAAUGCCUAUUUCCAAAACAGCAUUAUUGUGAAAGAAUUCCAUCCUGGAGUAGGGGGUAGCAUGUUAUCCUUCUCAAACCCAAUCCUGUGGCACCGUGGGAAAAAUCUGACGACCCAGAGCCAGUUGGUGAAAGAAUCUGGGUCAUCAAAAAUGUACACAAGCUUCUUUAGUUGGUUCAGUGACCACAGCAAUCCAGGCAGAGAUGAAAUUGCUGAGAUCCUGAAGGAUGACCUCUAUAGGAACCCCCUGAGAUACUACCUUACUCCUCUGUGGGAACCCAGACAGAAUGGAAGUGGCCAUCAAACUGUUGAGGACAGCGAAGGCAACGAGUGUGUAGUGAUCUCAGAUUCUGAUGAAGAGGAGACAGAAGGCAGGCCUGAUGUUAGUAGAGAUGAAGAUGAAGAGGAGGAACAAGAUUCAGGUGAAAACUCGGAGGAGGAUGAGCAGGUGGUGAUUGAGAGCUCUGGAGACAGUGAUGGGGAAGAGCAAGUUGAGGAAGAAUCUUCUCCUCCCAAAAAGAAAAAACGGAAUGGGAAGGAGUUUGAUGAAUCCACAAGCCAGGAAACCAGAGAGCAAGAAGAAGAAGAAGAAGAGGACGUUGAGGUGGGACAGGAGAGUCACAGCUGAUAAUAAACUCUCCAAGGUUUUUCACAGUAUUUAAUUUAUUUUUCUUGUAUUUUUUUCUAGUUUUGGAAUCAGGGUAAGGCAGGAGCUGGGCCUUCCUUUCUCCAUCUUGCAUGAUAAAUUAUCUUAAAUUUUAGUUGUUUGCUGAUGUAUUCUUCUGGAAUAGUCUUGUGAACAGUAGUACAUCCACACAAAAUCCUCUUAGUUAUAAACAGGUGUUACAUAAAACAGAAAAUGAAGGUCUUGCAUUCCAUCUCAUCAUCAUACAAAAGUAACAGAACCGUAUAGUUUGUGUUCAUGAAUACAUAUAUGUUUUCAUAUAUUUCAAAUCAGCAGUUAUGCUGUUCUUGGGGAUGUGUAUUGGCUGUCCUCAUGGCCUUCCCCCAGUAAGACUUUUGGAAUAUCUUUACAAGGAAUCCACGAUUGCUUUCAGUAGUGUUUACACUCAUUUUAUGCAGAGACAUUCUAAGAUGCAAAUCAUGACCUAGUUGCUACAUUCACCAUAUAUUUAAUUCCAGGUUUUGUGGCUUUGACUUGAAUCUAAUACUAAUUUGAAAUGCGCAUUACUCUCUUUCAGUAGAGUUCUUUAUAGUAAAGAAUUUGCAAAUGCAGAUUUAAAUAUCUCGGUUCCAUUUGGAACUAAGGCUUAUACAAACUGAUGCACAGUUAUUUGCAGUUUAAGGUCUGACUCAAACCACAUAAUAUUAGGCAACUAUCUUGAUUAUGAGUGGAAUAUUUGCUCAUAGUCUGUUUAUUCUCUCAUGGAAUAUUUUCUUAUAGUCUCUGAUGCCAGUGUUUCCUUUCUUUCACUUGAUCAUGGUGAUUAUUUUUAAUUUUUCUUUUAAGAAGGAAGUUCUCACUUGGUGUUGUAGUAGUGCAUCAAUCAGCAGUUGCUUAAGAGAAGUUUUUGUUUCAAAAUAAGUGAAUAUGGGUUGCUGAUUGACUGGCAACAGACUAUUCAAGUGUUUUUAGGACUUGUCAAAUGAAAGUGAGGUUUGUAAUAAUUCUUUAUAAUAUGGAAGAGAAUCCCAGAAAUGUUUAGACAUAUUGUAAGACAAAUGCUUUGGGCUGUCAUCACAAAAAAUGGUUAUGUGAUAAUUCAUUAAAUACUCUCAUAACUGGGCCACUACUGUAUAAUUCUGUUUUAACAGAUAUAAACUUCCUGCUGUUCUGAUAACAUGGAGACAGCUCCAGAAUUUACAUGUGUUUUACAUCAGUUCAUAACUUGUGCAUAGACAGUAAUAAAGACCAAUUGUUCACAUA